UUCUCUAAACUGAUGAAUGUUAUGUGAAGAAUAUGAAGCCCCGCCCACCUCCUCUUAUACAUUCGCACCUGUUCACUAUAUAAUAAUGAGACAGAAGCGCACUACACGCGUGUCAGAGGAUGUUUGCUUCAGUAUGCACACUUGCACUCAAGACAGCAGCCUGUUAAGGUGACAUCUCAUUCUCUAUCAGAUGUGCAGGAUUAUAAGUGUGCAUGUUUGAAGAAUGCCGCCUAUACCACUGACGCUUAUCUGCGCGAUGCUGUGCGCCUCCGCGUGCGUCGCGUACUGCCCGCCGCGCUGCGAGUGUUUGGAGACGCAACGCACGAUGAGCUGCGCGUCUGCUGGACUCCGUCGGAUACCUGCCGCGAUACCGCGCGACGCGACGCGCCUGAGCAUCACCGGAAACGCCAUUCAACGACUCGAGCAGGACGCCUUUAACGCGUUGCAGAACGUCACCAACCUGAACCUCAGUAAUAAUGGAAUAAUGGAAGUUGGGUCGCGCGCUUUCUCUUCUCUUCACACGCUGCACUCUCUGAGCCUGAACAAUAACCGUCUGGUUCUGAUCCAUCCUGAAGCGUUCUCAGUGCCUGGUAGUCCUCUGCAGGAGCUCAGCUUCAGGUCUUGUCUCUACAACUACACGUCACUGACAGAUCUCAUUACUGCCCUGCGCUGGGGCGAACUCACCAACUUACUGCGCCUCGACCUGUCGGGCAAUCAUCUCAUCCUUCUGCCUCCGGGAAUGUUCUCCCCUCUGCCAAACCUGCGUCAUCUCCAUCUGAGCGACAACUCGCUGGUGGCCGUGUACAACAGCACUUUCUCUGGUGUUGAACAGCUGUUGGAGCUGGACCUGAGCAGAAAUGCCAUUCGAACGUUUACCAGCGAGGGUCUCCGUGAGUUGGAACGACUCGCUCGGGUUCGCCUGCUGUUGGGUCAGAAUCCCUACUCGUGCACUUGCGAAACCGAGGAGUUUGUGAACUGGCUGAACAGUUCAAAGGUCAAGGUGGGUGAUGGGGAUAAGCUGUCUUGCGCGUUCCCCGAAGAGCUGCGUCACGUCUCUUUGAGAGCUCUUAGCACGCGUGCCCUCGGCUGUUACGUUACACCCGGCGAGGAGAUGACCCACUUGACCCUACAAACGUCCUACGUGUUCCUCGGACUCGUGCUGGGAUUUGUAGGCAUGGUCUUCCUUUUUGUCGUCUACCUUAACCGAAAGGGUAUCAAAAAAUGGAUCACGGACAUACACGAAGCCUGUCUAGAUGUGCUGGAGGGAUAUCAGUACCGUUACGAAAUUGACUCCGAUCCACGACUGCGACACCUCUCGCAAAAUCGAACUCAUACGGAUGCGCGUUUGGGACGCAUCCCAUCUGAUGUCCGUGUUGCACAGAUUCCAUCUGAUGUGUCUUUAUAACGUUAUAAUCCCCUUACAAUAAACAUUUUAUAUUAAGCACAAACAUUGCUGCUGACAGUGGGACGGUUGAUAAACUCAAAAUGAACAAAUAUAAGCCUGGCCAGUAAUCUGUAGGCCUACUUAUGUAAAGCAUAACAUGAGACAACAUUGCAGUUUGUGCAAUUCAAUGACAACAUCUAUCCUCCGAUCAAACAGCAGGUCGUUGCCUAAUGUUCUGUGAUGUAUCAGACGGCCAUAAAUGACUGGUGUAUGUGUAUGAGAAAUACACAGGAUUACAGACCUCCUCUCCAUAUGGCCCAACGCACACACACGCUGCUACAGAUGUGUCCUGAAUAUCUGGUUAUGGCCCAUCUCACCGCUAGUUCAGGAAGAGGAGGAAGAUGAAGAGGGCGUUCAGGGGGAAAAUAGGGCACAGUGAAGGGUUUGGAUUGUAAUGUUUCCUGCGAACUUGCUGAAGCUCACAGAUAAUGACUGCAAUUGAUCAAGACCAGACAUCCCAUAUUAAUCUGUGUCUUUGCUUUUGGCAACGCAGUAUAUUGGAAUAUAUUUGAAGAAACACAGCUGGUGUGUGUGCUGUCUUUGUGUGCAUGCACAACUGUGUAGCAUUACAUGAAAAUGUAGUAAAUUAGUGUUGAAUUAAUUUUUUUA